GAUCGUGCUACUUCCGGGAUGAAGAACGUGUUGACGGAAAGUGAGAAAGGACAUUUCAUGCGCACACGUGAAACACACGAAAUCCAACUUUGCUGUUGAAACGUGUUUUAUUUAUUUAACAAAUGAGCGCAACAAGAGACCAACACGAUGAGGAGGCGGAUGGCGAUCGUCUUUUCCUCGAUCGAGUUCUGAACAAGUUGUAUGAUUUUGGGGAUGAAAAAAACAAAAGAUUGAAAAAGUCUCAGAAGAGAAAUAACUCUACUGAGGACACAGACUCAGAGCAGCUCCUGACGAACUCAACAGUCUGUGAAAACAUGCGAUCUGGAGCUAAACAAUCCAGUGUGGAGGUUGUUACAUUUAUUGAUCCUCUGAAGAAGAACAAAAUAUCAAAGGCUGUUGAACCAGGGCAGAAGUUUGUUUAUCCUCAGGUUCCUGAUGUCAAGGAAAAGAAGAAAAAAGGCUCAGACGAGAAACUAACAAUAGAAAAGGCUCGGUUUGAGGUUCACAAGUUUGGGCUGUCGGGGUAUCAGAAGCAGCAGCAGAGGGUCUUUGAGCAGGACAGGGCCAUCAUGCUGGGAGCCAGACCCCCUAAAAAGCAGUAUGUUAACUACAAAAUGUAUCAACAAAUGAUAAAAGAACAGAAGAUGAAAGCCAAAGAGGAAGCAAAAUCUGAAACACAGAAGAAAAGAAGGAAAGAAGGGAAAUCAAGGACUGAGAAAAGUAAAUCGUCAUCUAGCGGAGAGCUUGGUGGACAAGUUGGACGCUUCAAAAACGGAAUGCUGGUCUUGAGCUCCAAAGACGUUCAGAAAUUUAAAGUUAAAGUGAAAAAGUGAAUGAGCGACUGUUUCUGAAUCUUCAGAAAACCCAACCACUUUCAAAAUGCAAGAACAUUUUAAUAUGUAUAGAAUAUCACAUUUUGACUGAAAUUGAAAUAUGCCAUACUUUACCACAGUCAUUUCCCUAUGGAACAUUUACAAUGCCCUUACUGUUUAUUUGUAUUAUUUUGGUUUCUUCACUUUGGUGUGUUUGUACUACAGAAAUAAAUUAUGGCUCAAUUAGCCAAGCUUAUUAAUGUGUACAUUUACAUAUGGUUUGACAGUGUUUAGGGAUCCUGUCUAUAGACCCAAACAUCUUAGCGACCAUAUAGCAGCAUGUUUAAAAACACGUAAAUCUCCUCACUAGCAGCGCAUUUGGCAUGCAUAAUUUCUUCAGAAAGUGUAAAAGUGUACUUUUAUUUACAAUAAAUAAUGCUGUAACCCUG